AUGCGUAUCCUGUCGUGCUCACUUUUACGUAACGGGUACAGUGGUAUCCGUAGCUCGAUGAAUUCAGGACAGAUUGCUUUUUCAAACGCUGUAAGUUUUCCUUCGUUGCGCUCUAUUCAGGUUAGAAGAAUCAGCAGUGUUUCAGUGCGUUCUGCGAACAAAGUUCGAUUCAGUUCUUAUUUUGUGCAACGUGAAGCGUACCGCGGCGCGGCAGUUUUGAGACUCAACACCCAGGCACCGACGCGAAGGCUUGUGACCAUGGCAAUCGACACACAGACGAUGACUUCUGUUCGGAACGAUCUUGUUGAAAUGAUCAAGCGUACCAAAGCGAUGCCGAUCCUGGUACGCUUGGCGUGGCACGACUCGGGAGACUACGACGCACGCCUGGGAACGGGCGGUGCGAACGGCUCUAUUCGUUUCAAUAAGGAACUCCAGCAUGGCGGCAAUGUUGGUCUCCCGGGCGCUCUGAACCUGUUGAAACCAAUCAAAGAGAAGUACCCAAACGUAGGAUGGGCUGAUCUUAUUCAGUACGCAAGUGUUCUGUCGAUCGAGGUUGCAGGCGGGCCCAAGAUUCCGUUCCGUUUCGGCCGUGUCGAUGCCCAGUCGGAGAAUGAGGUGCCACCAGAGGGUCGACUCCCGGCGGGCGGUCCACCGUUCCACAAGGCCGAGGGUGAGAAUCCUAACGAGCCCGCGCCCGACAAGGAGGACGCUGCCGCGCAUUUGCGUAGGGUUUUCUAUCGGAUGGGUUUCAAUGACCAGGAGAUCGUUGCACUGAGCGGUGGCCAUACCAUUGGACGCGCGUACAAGUUCCGAAGUGGCUUCGGCGCCGGUGAGGAGGGCACCAAGUAUACGCGCGCAGUGAGCGGUGUGACCAAGGGAGGCAGCUCCUGGACACCGGACUGGCUCCAGUUCAACAACAUGUACUUCAAGGUGCUCAUGGAUCCGAAUGCUGAUCCGGAGCUUCUGAAGCUCGUCACAGACAAGGCUCUCGUCGAAGAUCCGGAAUUCAACAAGUACGUGAAGAUCUAUGCCACCGAUGAGGCCAAGUUCUUCGAGGACUAUGCAAAUGCCCACAAGAAACUAAGCGAGCUUGGUUCAAAAUGGGAUCCGCCUGGUGGAAUUCCGGCAUAA